GAGGGCGGCGCCGCUUGGUCUCGUGACGCCGUUGGCGGCGGCUGCGCCGCGGCAGUUGCCGGAACUGGCCGGGUGGGGGGAGCGCUCGUGAGCGGCCAGCGCUUCCGGCCGCCGCGCGGAGCCCGGGGCUGCCCGCUGUUUGCAGAAAGAAGAAAGAUGGAAAGUAAUGCAGUUUUGCUAGAAUCAAAGUCCUCGCCGAUAAAUCUUCUGAACGAAAUGCAUCAGCUGCGUCUUCUGGGCCAUCUUUGUGAUGUGACGGUUAGCGUGGAGUAUCAAGGUGUCAGGGGAGAGUUUGUUGCUCACAAAGCUGUAUUGGCAGCAACAAGCAAAUUCUUCAAGGAGGUGUUUCUUAAUGAGAAGAGCAUGGAUAGCUCAAGGACAAAUGUGUUCUUGAAUGAGGUCCAGGUAGCUGAUUUUGCUUCAUUUCUUGAGUUUGUCUAUACUGCCAGGGUAGAAGUGGAGGAAGACCGAGUGCAACGUAUGCUGGAAAUAGCUGAAAAGCUUAAGUGCUUGGACCUGUCUGAAACCUGUUUUCAGCUGAAGAAGCAGAUGCUUGAAUCAGUGUUGUUGGAGUUGCAAAAUUUCUCUGAAUCGCAGGAUGCUGAGGACGACAGUGGUACCCAAUCCAAUGCUUUAGUUGAGUUGAAGACAACUGUUGUGGCGGAAGGUGACCGUACAGACUGUCCUCCUGAUUCUCCCAAUUCCCCCAUGGAAAGACCCAGCAAUGGAGUGUCUCUUGAGAGGCCAACUGCCAAAUCAAAAGAGAAGGUUGACAAGAAAAAAGAAACCAUGAAGCCUCCCUAUGCCAAAAUCAGAAGGGCCAGUGGGAGGCUGGCUGGGAGGAAAGUAUUUGUAGAAAUCCCCAAAAAGAAGUACACAAGGCGGUUGAGAGAGCAACAGAAGAAUGCUGAGGAUGCUACUGAAGAGAACAAGUUCCCGAAAGACCAAAUCAUGCAUGAUGUGGAGAAGGAAGAGGGGCAAGUGGAAAACAGUGUGAAGCCUGAGAAUGAAGAGUGCAAUGGCAACUUUGAAUUAGAAGACAACUUUAAAAAAUCAGAGGAGGAUAAGAAGAAAAGAGGCGGCAAUUUCAAAUGCAGCACCUGCAAGAAGGAAUUCCUGUAUGAGAAGAGCUUCCUCAAGCACAUAAAGCACAGUCAUGGCAUUGCGGCUGAAAUCAUUUACCGGUGUGAAACCUGCAGUCAGACCUUUGCCAACCGGUGCAAUUUAAAAAGCCACCAACGCCACGUCCACACCAGUGAGCGCCACUUCCCUUGUGAACUCUGUGGUAAGAAGUUCAAGAGGAAGAAGGACGUCAAGAGGCACAUUCUUCAGGUUCAUGAGGGUGGUGGGGAGCGUCAUCAGUGCCAACAGUGUGGAAAGGGUUUGAGCUCCAAAACUGCUUUGAGGCUUCAUGAAAGGACGCAUACAGGCGACAAGCCUUAUGGGUGCACAGAGUGUGAGGCUAAAUUUUCUCAGCCUUCUGCACUUAAAACACACAUGAGAAUCCACACUGGUGAGAAACCUUUUGUCUGUGAGGAAUGUGGUGCAAGAUUCACACAGAAUCACAUGCUUAUAUAUCAUAAAAGGUGUCAUACAGGGGAAAGGCCGUUUAUGUGUGAAACAUGUGGGAAGAGCUUUGCCUCUAAGGAGUACUUGAAACACCAUAAUAGAAUACAUACCGGAUCCAAGCCGUUUAAAUGUGAAGUUUGCUUUAGAACAUUUGCACAGAGGAAUUCGCUUUACCAGCAUAUUAAAGUUCACACGGGUGAACGGCCCUAUUGUUGUGAUCAGUGUGGUAAGCAGUUCACACAGCUCAACGCAUUGCAGCGCCAUCAUCGAAUACACACGGGGGAGAAACCGUUCAUGUGCAAUGCGUGUGGGCGAACGUUCACGGAUAAAUCGACCUUGAGGCGGCACACUUCAAUACAUGAUAAGAAUACACCCUGGAAGUCGUUCCUGGUUAUUGUUGAAGGAGUGUCUAAGAACGAUGAAGGUCACAAGACAGAGCUUCCUGAUGAAGAGUAUCAUGUGUCACCUAAAAUAACAGACAAGUUGCUGUCUUUUUCUGAAAAUGGCCACUAUCAAAACUUGACUGCUGUCCCAGGGAGUGUGACUGCACUGCACGACAACAGUUCUACCAUCGUGUCAGACUGCAAAUCGGAUGGGACUGUGGGACCCCAAGAAGCCCUCAUAGCUACCACCUUAAGUGAGCUUACGGUACUACAUACACAGACAGAUGCUAUUCAGCCACAGCUCCAUGCUCUGGUGAAUAUGGAAUAAUUUGGUAUUGUUCACCAACCCAGCCUAGGCCAUACCUCUAAUAACUUCUGACUUUGCCAGUAACCUAGUGAUGUAAUUAGGAGAAAGCAUAGACCCGAAAGGAAGAGGGACUAGUUGUGGAUGACAGUCAUGGCAUUUAUCUCCUCCUCGCCCUUAAAACACCACAAAUCAGUAAUCUUCAAUUUGCAUAGUCUAGCGGUAGUUCCUUUUCCCGGCUGAUAGUUAUUGUUCUACUUUAUUCAUUUCUUGAUUUUUCUGUACCCUUUGUUAUGAACAUGUGAAAUAAUACAAUCACUUCAGAGAGCAGUUAACUUCAAGCAGAGCAUAUGAAGACCUGCCAUUGUUUUAAUCUCUGGAAAUCUGACCAGGCAGUCUCCUCUUCUCUACCCUUCCUGCAAAGGUGUGGUAAGCCCUUCUUCCUUUUGUUCAGAUGGCUUGAGUGCAGUUUCCUUAAAAAGGAGGGUGUGUGGGUUUUUUGUUUUGUUUCCAAUUCAAUUCCACAACAUGUGUGAACAAAACAGAAAUAUUGUGUUGUUUCUGGGCCUAACAGUUAAUGGAAUACACUUUCCUAGUAAAAGUUCAUAAGUAGAAAAUAAAAUUGUUAAAUUUCAUUUCAGGAAGUGUUUUAAUCUUGGCUUUGCCAAAGAUUCAAGCAGAAUCAUUUUAGUAUUUGGAAAAACCAAUGAGAGCAAGCGUGGGAAAUGCAUGGAGUUACAUUCCAAUCGUUUUUAUUUUUCUGUUAUAUAAUAGCUCAUAUACUGUUAUGGAACGCACUCCCAAUAAGAAGUGUCAGUUGUGAAUUAGCAGGAUUACUAAUCUAGUGAUUAAAAUAACUCACUAAACAAUAAAGGUACAUUACUGCUUCAUUGUCACCAACUUUUACACUAAAUUUGCACUCUCAUCUUGCAACUGGCUCUACUGGUGCAGGUCCGUAUUGAGUAAUGUGGUUCCAUUUGAGCACAGGGGUGUCUCCUGAUGGAUUCAUUUGUGGGAUAGGGGCCGUGGGGUACAGGUGAUAAGUGGGAUACAUUAAGGCCAUUCAAGUAGUUUCAAGCUCCAAAUUUUACUUUUGAAAAGUUUUUACGAAACUUGUAAAGAAAAACAUCUUUGUGGUUAUUUCAAGAAGCCUUUUCUAAGAGUCAGUGUUGGAAAUGCAACCACUGCAGCUUUGGGCUAGUGCCUGGAAGUGCCCAAGCUGAGGCACAUGCCAAAAAUAAAUGAGGUCAGUGCUGAUGUUUACAUUUUUAAAGCUUUUGUUUUCCUGAUUAGAAUGGUAUUUAGUAUCUGAGGUGAAAAAUUUAGCAGGAAGAUAUUGACAAUGUGCCUUUUUUAAAUGUCAAGGAAAGGUAGUGCUUGCUCCAAAAUCCAUUAAGGCAGUAGGAGUCUUCCCAUUGAUUUCAGUGGGCGUUCGGAGCAGGCUUUCUGGGUUGAAUUCUGCAAGCUAUGCCCCCAUGAAUGAUCUGAUUGUCAGUGGCACAUCUCAUGGAUGUUGUGUUAACCUGAUAAGAGAUUGCAGGAUUAGACCUUUCUGUGGAACCCCCUUUCCCCUCAUCUUCUACAAAAAUCUGGUCAAGUUCAGGGUGUUAGUUUUUGACUAAUCCUUGUUUUACAAUGAGAAUACACUGCUCUACAGCCAAAAUGCUUCUGAAAUAAAUGUAGUCAAACUUUACUAAUUCUGGGUCACUGAGAAAGAAAAUGAUGCUUAAAAUUGUUG